GGGCCCGCGGCGGCAUGACGGGGCCCGCGGCGGGCGGCGCGGCGCGCGAGCUGCACCUGUACAUCUUCGAGCGCGCGCCGCGGGCGCUGCCGCCGUGCGUGCGGCCCGAGGGCCUGGCGCCGCGGAAGCUGCUGCGCGCGGUGAGGCGCGCGGCGGCGCACCCGUGGCGCGAUGCGCGCUUCUGGCGGGCCGCGGCAGCAGGCGUCGCGGCGGUGCCGCUGGGGCAGAUGGCCGGCCGCGACUUGGCGCAGGCUUGCAUGGCGUUCCGGCGGGUCGAGUUCACGAGCCCCGUGCUGACCGCGUACUGCGAGCGGUACGUGUCGGAGCGGAGGCAGCUGCUGAACACCAUCGAGCUCGCCGCGGUGCUCCUGUACGCGGCCGCAGCGCACGACGGCGGGGGCGCGGGCACUGCGGAGUUCGUGCGCCUGCUGGCGGACGAGGCGUGCAGCGAGGCGAGGCUGUCGGAGAACGUCCCGUGGUCGGCGUGGCGCAUGCUGGUCUCGGGCGCGGCGCGCGCGGGGGUGGCGCACCAGCGGCUCUUCGCCGCGGCGUCCCCGCACCUGGCGCGGGGCGCGCCGCAGAUGAGCGGUAGGGACGCCGUGGACGUGUGCGCCGCCUACGCCGCUUUCCGCUUCAAGCACCACGGGCUGCUUGCUGAGUUGGUGCGCCGUGGCGGCAGGCCGCCGCCGCAGGAGGUGGAGGAGGCGAGCAAGCUGGGUCGCCUCCCCCUCGGGCGCCGACGCCACGCGGCCUCCCUCGGCAUCGGCGGGGCGCCCUCGUCGGACAGCUGCUGGAAGGUGUUGUUCCUGGUGUUGUUGGUGGUGCUGCGUUUCCUGGGGGCGGACCUGCCGAGAGCCCUGCGGCGGUGCGAGCUCGGAGGGGGGGGCCCAGCGGCUGUGCGACCUCUGGAGCUCCAGCAGCGUAAGCACGGCGAGUACCAUCCGCUCGUCGCCGCCGCUCGCGAUCUGGCAGUCCUGGAGGCCCACCUCGCCGAUGCUCAGGCCGACAAGGCGAAGGUCGACGCGAACCUCAGCGAGGCGUUGGCUGCGGUGGACACCCUCCUCAAACGCCAGCAGCUCUUGACGACAGAACUUGUGGGCCUCAAACAGGAUGUGGUUGCAGCUCGGCGUGAGCUCGGCGCUAGCUGGCGGCAUCGGCGACUGCUGAAGGAGUGGACUUGGCUGGCAUGGCCAACUCCUUGGUCGGUCUGCAGGCUCUUCAGCGGCGCGCACGAGUCCGUGGACAACGGCAGUGGUCAGGUCGUGCAGCCGCUGGAGUCCAUCGACACUCAGGUCCCGGCGACGGGCGCAGCCUUCCCCGCCGCUCGGGUGCUCAUGGCGCCAGCCGCGACGCCGAGGUACCCUGGUGCCAGGCCGCGGCGCGACCUCGCGGGGCAUUGGCACCUGUCGCUGCGCAAAGGGAACUUCUCCAACGUUGACUACUGGAUGGCGAGCCUCUCCCCUGCGGCGUCGUUGCGCGAUCCGAGACCUGUUCCUGGUUGGCCGGCUUCGCCCUGCCACCCCGCGGGCGUCGCCGUCUCGGCCCGGGCCGAAACAGUCGGGAUCCUCGCGCCGUCUGGCCCUGAGGCCUUUCCCAAGAAGGCCCUUGCAGAGGACGCGGCCUCCCCGCGGCCAUCGACCAUCUUGAUUUCAUCGCUGGGGGCUCGGCCUCGGGCGGCGAUGCCUCUGCAGCGCAGGCCCAGCAUCGAGGCUGAGCCGUUGGAACUCCACGGCGCGCAGACGGAUGGCGACGCGCAGCGCGGCGCGGGUCGGAUGGAUGAGGCGGGCUGCAAGUGGCGUCGAACAGGUGGUCUGCCCUCCGGCGCGAAGCCUGUUGCAGUGCCCAAUGCUCGUCGGGCUUGUCAGCUGGCUCAGGCGCUGACGGACCUCCUGCGGCCUCUUGGCAGCGGCGGCGCCGCCGCCGCGCCUGUCGACGCCCUUCGAGCUGGCCCGCUGCUCAGCGACGCGGACUUCGAGGCCGCUGCUUCCAGCGGGCCGCCCAAUGGCGGGGGCGGCGCGGGAUUGGCCGGCCCCGCGCCGCGGAAUCGAAGGAGGUCCCGCGGCGCCGCCCACUGGCGCAAGAAGGGAAAUGAGCGGGCGCGGCAGCGCGAGCGCCCCCCCGCGCAAGCGCCGAGCUCCGACGCGGCGCGCGCGGGCUGA